ACAAAAUCUUUUAUCGCUCAAAGUGGAAAAAUAAUGAGCCACAAGAAUGCGUCAUUUGUUUAGAAGAUUUUGUUGAUGAAGAUGAGCUAAAAAUUCUUCCUUGCAAGCAUGAAUUUCAUA